CCCUGCUUCCAGCUCUGUUCAUCUGUUAUCUGUUAUAUCUGUUUAAACAUAAGAUGAUGGUUUGUAACUAAGCCAGUUGCUUUUAAGGAAUGGUUGUUUGACAUAACGUUGAAGAUAUGACAGCGGAGGGUUCAAUAUUGAUCUUUCUCUCCGACCCCAAUGUCUUCCAGGACAUGGCUCCGUGGCCUGAGCUGGAAGACGCAGAGACCAAUAAAUAUAUUGAAGACCCUUCCUCAAAACCCAAGAAGACCAUGUCUGACAAACAGGGGAAAGACACCAAAGACGGGGUCAUUUCCAUGGGAAACCAGGUGGAGCUUCUGCCUGCGUAUUCCACCACUGCUUUGACUGCUGCAUCCGAAGAGGAAGAAGAAGAUCCGUGGAAGCUACCAGAACUUCAGGAUACCGGAGUCAAAUGGUCAGGCAAAGCAGCAGGGGACAUUUUCAAGGAUGGUUCCGUCUUAUCAAAUCCCGUCGCAGGCCUCGUCAUCGGCGUUCUGGUGACAGUGAUGGUGCAAAGUUCCAGCACGUCCUCCUCUAUCAUUGUCAGCAUGGUGUCUUCUUCACGUUGAAAUGAAUACGACCGUCCCAGGACCCGAAAACUGCACCUCUUCGGGACUUUGCUGGACCAGUGGAAAUAUGACCUGGACCCUCAAAAACGUGACGGAAACCCAGAAUCUUGAGAAAUAUCGCUCUGUGCCAUUUCUUUUUCAAUAUCUCAGGGAUCAUCCUUUGGUACCCGGUUCCUUUUAUGCGUAUCCCCAUCCGCUUGUCAAAAGGUCUGGGGAAUAUCACCGCCAAGUACCGAUGGUUCGCCAUUUUCUACCUCCUCACCUGCUUCUUCCUGAUCCCGUUGGCCGUGUUCGGCCUUUCGGUGGCCGGUUGGCCCUACCUGGUGGGCGUGGCUGUCCCCGUCUUCUUGGUCUUGAUCUUCGUGCUCACCGUCCACCUCCUGCAGAAGAAGAAGCCACACCUGCUCCCGGAGAAGCUGCGGAGCUGGGAUUUCCUUCCCCGGUGGAUGCAUUCCUUGCGGCCCUGGGAUGAUGCCAUAACCGCCGCGGGCGGCGUCUGUGGCAGGUAUUGCUGCUGCUGCUGCAAACGUUGUCGAAACAAGGAGGCUGACCCGAGCGAGGAAACCAAGGACACGAAAGCGUUGGAAGUUCACGAGAACCCCGUAUCGCUGGCCGACGAAGAGAACUGUCUUCCCAAGGCCGCGAAAGCAGAGAAAGCAGACUUGAGCACCACGGCGUUGUAGCAGAGAGGGGGACGUUGAGGCCCAAGGACGGAACGUUUGAGGGGCAUGCCUAGAGGGGGAAACGGGGAACGCGGGGCCAGUGACUUGCGCUCAGUGAGAAGAUUCAACCAGGGAUGGGCAACCACAAUUGUCAAGAACCCUUAAGUCGUGUCUGAAUCUCAAGACACGCAUUCAAAUCACCGGUAAGGUUAAGGCUUUACCUCACACCUGCUCACGUCAUGGAAAAAGCAAAGUCCUCUACUUGUCUCCACACUAAGGAGACUCCCUGUGGACAAGUACUCCACUUGUUCUUUUUUUUAAGAGAUCUAUGAGUCAACAGUGCUUCUGCCCAUCACUGCUAAGGCUCUCUCAUUUGCAGUCCUGUAGAAGUCCGAUCUACUCCGCGUUCUCAGCAUCAGUAGACCCACAAGUAGGACAUCUGGCCAUGGGCUAUAUCGUAUAGUAGAUCACUAGCUGGAUCAGGUUUUCAGCAAGAGCUUUAAAACCAUAUCCCCUCAAUCCCAUGUUUUGGAGAGUUCAGGCCUACUACGCCAUUGUAACAUAAUGUAAUAUAGUGUGUACCACACAGAUCUGUUCAACCAAACCAAUUUUCUAAAACCGUGAAUAAGUGCCGGUUGAGGUGUGUGUUAAAGAAAUUAUCUCUCUCUCU